CCCGGGCCGCGCUGCUCCCGGCCCCUUUAAGCGCGGCCCCGCCCCGCGCCUCGCCGCCCGGCCCGCGGAGCCCCGCCCCGCCGCCGCCGCCAUCAUGAUCUGCCUGCUGCUCACUGUCUUCGCCAACCUCUUCCCGGCAGCCGGCAGCGGCGCGCACGAGCGCACCUUCGUGGCGGUGAAGCCCGACGGCGUGCAGCGGCGGCUGGUGGGCGAGGUGUUGCGGCGCUUCGAGCGGAAGGGCUUCAAGCUGGUGGCGCUGAAGCUGGUGCAGGCCUCCGAGGACUUGCUGCGGGAGCAUUACGCCGAGCUGCGCGAGCGCCCCUUCUUCAGCCGGCUGGUCCGCUACAUGGGAUCGGGACCGGUGGUGGCCAUGGUGUGGCAGGGCCUGGACGUGGUGCGCGCCUCUCGGGUGCUCAUCGGGGCCACUGACCCGGCGGACGCCGCGCCCGGCACCAUCCGCGGGGACUUCUGCCUAGAGAUCAGCAAGAACGUGAUUCACGGCAGCGACUCGGUGGAGAGUGCGCACAGGGAGAUCGCGCUCUGGUUCCGCAGCGACGAGCUGCUGUGCUGGGAGGACAGCGCCGGGCACUGGCUGUAUGAGUAGCCCUGACACAUGGGGCAGCAGCCAAAGCUGGACGGCGGCCGAGGUGAUGCCCGGGGAAGGCAGGGGUGCGGGCCCUCCUCCCAGACUCGGGCACCUGAGCUGGCCUAGCUGUCGGCUGCACAGGCCCAGCCUGGAGUUGGAGCCACUUAAUAAACUGAGCGAGGAGA